CGGCGCGCUCCCCGGUCGGCCAACGGCAGACAGGCCCCGCGCGGCGGCCGGGGGGGCGGCGGCGGCGCCGUCGGGCUUCGGGGCCUCUGGGCUGCCAGCCAUGACCUACAGGCGCAGCGGGGCGGCCUCGGUAGUGCUGAACGUGGGCGGUGCCCGGUACUCGCUGUCCCGGGAGCUACUGAAGGACUUCCCGUUGCGCCGCGUGAGCCGGCUGCACGGCUGUCGCUCGGAGCGCGACGUGCUCGAGGUGUGCGACGACUACGACCGCGAGCGCAACGAGUACUUCUUCGACCGGCACUCGGAGGCCUUCGGCUUCAUCCUGCUCUACGUGCGCGGCCACGGCAAGCUGCGCUUCGCGCCGCGGAUGUGCGAGCUCUCCUUCUACAAUGAGAUGAUCUACUGGGGCCUGGAGGGCGCGCACCUCGAGUACUGCUGCCAGCGCCGCCUCGACGACCGCAUGUCCGACACCUACACCUUCUACACCGCCGAAGAGCCGGGCGCGCUGGGCCGCGACGAGGCGCGACCCGGCGGUGCCGAGGCGGCCCCCUCCCGGCGCUGGCUGGAGCGCAUGCGGCGGACCUUCGAGGAGCCCACGUCGUCCCUGGCCGCGCAGAUCCUGGCCAGCGUGUCGGUGGUGUUCGUGAUCGUGUCCAUGGUGGUGCUGUGCGCCAGCACACUGCCCGACUGGCGCGCCGCGGCGGCCGACAACCGCAGUUUGGAUGACCGGAGCAGGUACUCCGCCGGCCCUGGGAGGGAGCCCUCCGGGAUAAUUGAAGCUAUCUGCAUAGGUUGGUUCACUGCAGAAUGCAUUGUGAGGUUCAUCGUCUCCAAAAACAAGUGUGAGUUUGUCAAGAGACCCCUGAACAUCAUUGAUUUACUGGCAAUCACGCCGUAUUACAUCUCCGUGUUAAUGACAGUAUUUACGGGCGAGAACUCUCAACUCCAGAGGGCUGGAGUCACCUUGAGGGUGCUUAGAAUGAUGAGGAUUUUUUGGGUGAUUAAGCUUGCCCGUCACUUCAUUGGUCUUCAGACACUUGGUUUGACUCUCAAACGAUGUUACCGAGAGAUGGUUAUGUUGCUUGUCUUCAUUUGUGUUGCCAUGGCAAUCUUUAGUGCACUUUCUCAGCUUCUUGAACAUGGGUUGGACCUGGAAACAUCCAACAAGGACUUCGCCAGCAUCCCUGCUGCCUGCUGGUGGGUGAUUAUCUCUAUGACUACAGUUGGCUAUGGAGAUAUGUAUCCUAUCACAAUGCCUGGAAGAAUUCUUGGAGGAGUUUGUGUUGUCAGUGGAAUCGUUUUAUUGGCAUUGCCUAUCACUUUUAUCUACCAUAGCUUUGUGCAGUGUUAUCAUGAGCUCAAGUUUAGAUCAGCUAGAUAUAGUAGGAGCCUCUCCGCUGAGUUCCUAAAUUAACGCAUUGCAAAUCAAAUCUUGCAUACACUUCAUUUGAUUGAGUUGACACUACUUCAUAUUCAUGCAUUUCUCGUUGGGUGAGCACUGCAGUGGUACUG